UACACAGUCUGUUUCGCUUCGCCAGUCGUCGCUCGACUCUCGCGAGUUGUGUGUCUGCAGGCAGUGAAUCCCCACAUCGUAUACAUAUAGUGAGUGAGAGAUAUUACACAUACAGAGACUCGCGUUAACCUAAAGCCGAGGAAAAAGUUCGCGUAUACGAUACACAGGAAAGAAGAGAGUUUUUGAUCCGCGAGUGCGAGUGCCGUGAUAAUCAUACACGACGAAAAUUAUGGACGGUCAAGCUUCGGCAGCAGCAGCAGCAGCAUCGGCGACGUGCAGCAGCAACAGCAACAAUACUGCCGCGGCGGCGGCGACGACGACGGCCCCGAGGCGUCGCGGUCCAAGAAAGCCGCGACGACGCGCCGAGAGCGUCAACAGCGAGCAGGACGAGGCAGUGUGCCCGCCCAAGGUACUGAUAAACAAGCGGCCGCCGAGGAGGCCUCGAGGCGCCGCCCCGAGGGAGAAGUGCGACGCCUCGUCGUUCGCCAGAUCGUUCAAUGACGCAAUCGAGUGCAAUUCGGACAAUCUGUCGGAGACGGACCGUCUGUUGCGCGAGACCGAGAGGAAGAUCGCCCUGUUGAAGCUUCGUCACGACUCGUCCGCUCAAGAGAACUCUGAAAGUACACCCUCCACAUCUGAUCAAUCCAGUGGAUUGAGGAUCAGGAAAAGGACCAGGAGACACAGGAACAGAGGCAAACUAAUUGCAGAUGAAACAAACGUCCUGCCCGAAGAUGCAGAUGAUGUCUCGCCAAAAGCCAGUGCGUGUUACUUCAACGACAAUCAAAAGCACGACAAAAGGAAAGAGGAGAAACAAAAGCUUUACAUAAACAAUAGAGUUAGAAGUAAGCCAAGAAGGCCCCAAACGAGUGAGGCAGACGAAGAAGCAUCUUGUAGUAAGGAUAAGGAUAAAAGAGAUAGUUCUGACAAAUACAAAAAUCAUAAGAAGAAAGAUAAGAAAAAGAAAGAAAGAAGACUGUUUUGUGAUCAUUUGCCUAUAGACGUCGUUAAGAAACUUCUUGGAGUUCAAGAUCCAGAAAAUCCUAAUAUCGUCGAAGGUUCCAUUCGUAUAAAUCCAAGAUGCUAUCAGAAUGCUUAUGUUGCAUCGACAAACGGUGAGCCUGAUAUAUUGAUUGUUGGCUUGAAGGAUCGGAACAGGGCAUUAGAAGGUGAUAACGUAGCUGUAGUUAUUCAUCCUCAAGACAAAUGGUUCAAAGUUGACGAAAAUACUUUUCACAAGACUGGAGCUGUUGUCAGCAUAUUAGAAAAAUUCCAUCCGAGAAAAGCUGUAGGCUUUUUAAAGAAACAAGAUGUGUUCGUUUUCUUGCAACCUAGAGACUAUAGGGUACCAUUGAUGAAAAUUCGUCCCAAGACUGUUCCUAAAGCUUUCUAUGAUAAUCCUGAUCUCUUUAAAGAAACUUUAUUUUUAUGCAAUAUUGUUGAUUGGAAAAAAACUGCUUUUGCUGAAGGCGAAAUUCAGUUAAAUCUUGGUCCCAAAGGUGACUUGGAUGUUGAGUCUAAUGCUAUUUUAUUAGAAAAUGAUUUAGUUUUGAAGCCAUUUAACGAAGAGCAAACAAAGGACCUUCCACCUGCAGAUUACGUUCCUAGUGAAUCAGAUAUUGCAGGUCGAGAAGACAUGAGAAACAAAUGCAUUUUCACAAUAGAUCCUGCCACUGCUGUAGAUCUCGAUGAUGCUUUAUCUUGUGAACCUUUGGAAAAUGGAAAUUUUGAAAUCGGAGUUCAUAUCGCCGAUGUGACCCAUUUCCUCGAAGCCUUUUCACCAUUAGAUAAAGCAGUAGCUGAGAGAGCAAAUACAAUUUAUAUGGUUGAUAAUGUGUACCAUAUGCUGCCCAAACAACUCUGCCUUGCGUGUUCACUCUUGCCAGGCCAAGACAAAUUGGCCUUUUCUGUGAUAAUGGAAAUUACGCCUUCUGGUGAAGUAGUCAAAAGUCGUUUUGCAAAAAUAGUUAUGAACUCGUGCUGUCAAAUGUCUUAUGAACAAGCUCAGAAGAUGAUUGACGACGAUGAUUUCACGUACGAUUGGGAAAAAGAUGGUUCAUUGAAAAUUGUUGGAGGAUACACUGCCAAAGAUUUAUGGACAAAUGUUAAAAAUUUAUAUUCAGUAGCAGUUGUUUUGAGAAAUAAAAGAUACGAAGAUGGAGCGCUCAGGAUAGAUCAACCGAAGCUUCACGUCUUCAUCGACAAAGAAACAAGAAUGCCGAUAAAUUACGCUAUUGAAAAUAGAAGAGAAAGUAACAGUUUGAUCGAAGAGUACAUGCUACUAGCAAAUAUGGUUGUAGCCAAACAUCUUUAUGAAACGAUGCCCGAAGUAUCUCUACUUCGAUCGCACCCGGAACCUUGCAUGCGCGUACUGCAAAAGACCAAAAAAUUGCUCGAAAAAUUCGGCGUCUUAUUGAAUAUUGAGUCUGCAGGCGCAUUGCACGAAAGUCUCUUAAUGUAUCAAUCAUUCGACGAAUAUGACCCGAGCAGUCCCGAGCACGGUAGAAUGAUGGUUAUCAACUGUCUCUGUGCCAAAUCGAUGACACGAGCGUUAUAUAAAUGUUCGGCAACGGUGGAGACGAAGGAUGAUUUAAGACAUUACGCGUUGAAUGCAGAAUUUUAUACUCACUUCACGUCACCAAUCAGAAGAUAUCCGGACUGCGUUGUUCAUAGAUUAUUGUACUCGUCCAUUACAGAUACACCUAUGCAUUCAGAGUGGAAUUCGGAACUCUGCAGAAAAAUUGCUUCAAACUGUAAUGGGAAAAAGUUCUCGGCCAAGCAGGCGCAGGAGCAAAGUAACGCAUUGUACUUUACUUACUGGUUGGAACUCCGAGGCUCGAUAGAAGCCUUGGCCAUAGUUAUGGAAGUAAAGGAGCGAUCGGCAGAUGCGAUGCUGUGCGAUACAGGCUUAAAAGUCAGAUUGUAUUUCAACGACACGGUUGAAGAAACGACUAGUGAAUACACAAUGGAACACGAUGUCCCCACAGUACGCAUCACGUGGACCGAACGAAAAAUUGUUCAAGUCAUAAAUAUCUUCAGCAUACUGCAUGUAAAAAUAACUAAACACCAACAGUUGUUCAGACUUCAAGGUGUUAUAUUGCCGCCCUUGAAUGCAAAUGCAUCUCAACCGGCAAUCGAAUGAUUAGGACUUUAAUCGAAAAUUUUCUGAUAUUAAAGUCACUAUAUAGUCACUAUAUAGUCAUUCAAAAUAUGUACAAAGUGCAUGAAUCUUACGUUUUAUCUAUACAAUAUAUUUUAAGAUUUUAAAAUGCUGUAUAUCAUUUUGUAUACCGAUGUAAAACUAUGUGAUUGAGAAUUUGCUAUGGUGGAUAAGAUAUAUAAUUUUUAAAAAGUGAAAAAAUUUUUUCGAGAUUGUAAUCUACAAUACUUACGGCCACUCGUAAUAAAUUACGUUUUCUAUAAUUAAUUUUACAUAUAAAUGUAAAUUAAAUCUGAAUGUAUGAUAGAUAUAUGUAUAACAGCAAAAUUUAAAGAAUAUAUUGAAUAAUGGAGAAAAUCCACUUUAUUCAUAUUAUGUACAACAAUGGAUCUACAAAGAAAAAGUAUAAUAUAAUGUAAAUAAAGUUUCAACUGGAAAACCAAAAA